AUGGCAAUUUUGCCUUUUGUCAUCGAAAUGCUAUUGUUUUUGUUUGGUGUGAGCACGGAGCAGCUAAGGGAUCUCAAGGGAGCAUUUCUGGUCAUCCGAAUUCUGCGGGUUUUGCGGGUGAUUCGGGUGUUGAAACUCGGACGAUACAGCAGUGGCUUACAAAUGUUCGGAAAAACGCUCAAAGCGUCGUUUCGACAGUUGGGAAUGAUGGCUAUGGUCGUUCUGACGGGUGUGAUUUUCUUCUCAACGUUGGUGUAUUUUUUAGAAAAGGAUGAGCCUAGCUCGCAGUUCUACUCGAUACCGGCUGCAUGUUGG